AACUGAUCAAAGACAGUAAACAUAACCUCAAUUGAUCGAGUGGAUCCAGAAGCGGAAUUUAGACCUUUCGAGGAUUAUUAUUCGUACACGAAUCUUGAAGGAUUAAGAAUGGGUAAAGAAAAUGAAACUGAGUCCUCAAAGAAGCGAAGAAAGUCCGUGACUACUGGGGCUGCGACUCCAGUCAAGGACGCCGAUAUGUACAAGACAAUAACAACUUACGAAGAAAAGGAGGCAAUGGAUCGAUCGCCUGCGACGGAUUCAGAGAAUUUUUUAUCGAUGUGCGAAAAUAUUCGAACAUUGAUGGAUAAGAUAGCGAAAUUGAAAGUAAACAGCGACGAAAGUGCAAAAGAAGAGAUUCGAGAACUGCAGAUUCAAACAUCACUAGCAUUCAUUGAAUUGAAAAAGUUGAAUAGAAUGGAAAAGUUCAGAACAAAGUUUGCCAGGGACUCUUUAGUCGCAGCUAAGAGCAGUGUAGAUAGCAGGCAUCUGCAUUUACAAAAUUUACUCUACGAGGUCAUGCACCUCAAGAAAGAAGUCAUCAAAUGCUUGCAAUUCAAAUCAAAAGACGAAUCUAUCGAACUUGUUCCAGAGGAUGAAUUUUAUAAGGAAGCACCUGAGUCUGUCUCCAGGCCAGAAGUUACGAAAACCGACCCUCACCAACUGCGUCUAGCUCGUUUGGAGUGGGAGUUGAUGCAGCGGAAACAGCUGGCCGCAUUAUGUGACGAGCUUACUGACAGCAAGAAAGGAGUGGCUGCCAGUAUAGAAUCCAAACAAACGCGGUUGGAUAAUCUUGCACCACAAUUACGUACAAUUUUGGAGGCAAGCAAACCACUUCAGGAAAGCCUCGGCCUACCAUUAGAUAAAAUACGGCAAGAGCAUCAAAAGGCUGCCUUAUUAGCCUCACCUUUGUAUGUUCUUUAUGCAAAGGCCACUGCGUAUCGAGAUGCAUAUGACUCCUCACUGCUCGUGAGUAUAGAAGGAGAUGACGAUGACGCCAAGAGGGUCAACAGCCAAGAGGGGUCUCAAGACUCAGACUCUGACCAAGACAAUCAAACAGAUGGGGUUGUAGAAGAAACACCAGUCCAUAAAAAGAGACACCACAGAAUGUCGAAGGAAGCUAGGCAAGAAGAAAAGAAACUUAGAUUAUUGCAGAGACAUCCAUUGAGCGUAAGACUCGUAAUGGUUUUCAAAAGUAACACCAAGUUGACACUGAACUUCUUUUAUAUGAGCUACUUGAAUGUGGUGACGUUAGAAGCCACACUGGACACCGAAAAUCCCGGUGGCGUUAGUGCAGGGGACAUGUUGGUGUCUGAUUCGGUACUCCGAGAGUUAUUCCCUGGUGAUUUGGGUCUGGAGAGCCCAAAUCCAGCUAAUCAUUACCAGCUAUGUCGGUAUGGUUUGGGCCCUUUUCCGUCGCUGCAAUUAGGCAUUCCAUAUAACUGGGCUCAGCGCAUGGCUGGGCUGCGUUUCAUUACGUCGGAUAAUGCUAAACAGAAGGUCGCAGUUAACCACGGAUUGGCACAGGACAGUGUGGAAUGCGUUCUUAAAGAGAUAAAACGACGUGUGAAAGCGCGACUUGAGCUCUGCUCUGAAAUACGCCAGUUGGAAUCAGGGAAUCUUCCUAUUUUUAACGAUAGUAGUGAUCCAAUGCCAUGCAAGAUAGCCACUGUGCUACACAAGUUCAACACUCUCUCCUGGAAGAGUUACUCAAGCUUUGAAGAUACUCCCCCGUUCUGUCAAAAAGGUCUUGUAUCGGCGAUGGACAUUUUCUAUGAAGCUGUACUACGCAGAGAGAGCAGUGAACUUGUCGCACAUAUAGCCAUCAAACCUGACUAUCCACGAGUAGCACCAAUCUUCAGCGUAACUCUCAAUCCUAUCGUACCAGCAUCCGUUGAUAUCUUGAGGGAUAUUGAGCGAGAAAUAAAUGUCAUGUGGGAAAAGCCUCCAACUUUAUCUGCACAAUUGCAGCGACUGAGAGCUUGUUUCGAUAUUUAUCUUGAAACAGAGGGUAUAGCUCCUCAGGAGAAGAUAUUCUUUCAUCCAGUCAGAGGCAGGACCAGGGCGAGGCCGUACAAAUAUUUGACUCUGGGUGGAGGAAUUUUUACCCAUCGAUAGAGCUUCAACAAUUUAUCCAUUCUUGGACUGUCAGAAAGUACAAAUGGCUAAUUAACUUCAAAAAACAGUUCUACACUCGCAAAAACGUGCGGUAUUUUCAUUUAAAUCAUGUUUGAGUGAGAAUUUUACACUUACAAAAAAAAAAAAAAAUGAUUUCAAGAGUGAUGAAAUAACUGGUAUCUAGAUUUUCACAUUGGAAUAAAAUGUGUAUACCGAUACAGAUUUCAUAUUUGUG